AUGCACGAUCUCGGAACCAACUUCAAUUCAGCAACGUUCCGAGGCUACUUUAAAGGUAUUAGCAGCACUCUAAAGCAGAUGCUUAUAGAAGCCUAUUAUAGCGUCGGGCUAGUGGAACGCUAUUACGUCUUUGUGCGACGCGCUUUUGAGAUCGUCAUAAAGGAGCUUCUAAAAGCCUUAAAAGAGGACCGGCUUCAAAUGGCUAUCAAAGCCAUCAACGAUACAGUUGGACUUAAUGGCUUGGCUAUGAGGGAAGUACGAAAAUGCUACGCUGCAAGGCAGGUUAAGGACGCGCUUAAGAAAAGGAAUGGGCCAAUUACGGAGCAUACCUUAGACUUCCUUAUUGGUUCACGGCUGCCAGAAGAGUUGCAAGUACUUAAGGUAAAGGUGGAAGAAGAUCAGAGUGAAGGCGACGAAAGCGAAAAAGAGCUGGAACUACGAAAUUCGCUUAAACCUCAACAUUCGCUUAAUCCACCGAGGUCGCUUAAUCUAAGAAGCUCGCCAAGAUUAGCAAACGACCCCCUUCAACUUAUACUUUAUCAGAAGUACGAUCUUAGUAUCCCGACCGUGCCCGACGAGGAGGAGGGCGAUUCUUACGUUCUAUUUACCAAGGACUUCGAGGUGCUGGUUACCGAUAAGGAACGCCGGGACCAUGAGCUCUUAGCUAAGCUACGAGCCGAGGGAAUCAUCAAGAGCCUUGGGGCAUUAUUUCAAAAGUUUAAAGCAAAGGAAUUGGCUGGAUUAAUAGCUUAA